UAGUUUGCACGAGGCACGACCGUCUUAAACAUAUAUUUCAAAUGUUAAUAAUGAUAGACUAGUGUUGUCGACAAUAUAAUCCGAGAAUAACGGACAAAAAAAUUCUACACCACCCCGCGACUAACCAAUUUUCGGACGACGACGUCGUAUACCACCCGGUCGUCUCGCGGUCGCCACUCGUCAGUUCGUCUACAAGUCCGCUAGUCAGCGGUCGCUACCAUAGGUGUAACCCGGUGUAACCACAGUGUAACUCGCGCUGCUCGCAGCCCGCGGGCCACAGCCCAAGCAAACUGGUGCCUCACUGCCUCAGUGGCCAGCGCUCGCCGCACAGUGUUUACUUAUUAGUUACUAGUCGGUGGCCAGCGGGUACUGGGUAGCGCUCGUCGGUCACAGUUCGCACGUGAGCAGUGAACGACGUCGCCAACGUUUUUUUUCCUCUCCCCGAGGCCGUCCAUGGGAGGGAGUUGCCGAAUGCGUUUUGCGCGUAUAAUUUUAUAAUAUUGUUAAUUCAUCAUUACGGAUUGCGAUCACUCAGGGAGAUUGCCAACUUAUCACUCACUACGGUAUAUUAUUACAUUCGACGUUUUUCGCCGUCUCCGACCACGUUCGAAUCGAUUGCCGACCACCGUUCACCCAUCGUUUGAAAUGUCUCCUGUUUGGCGGGCGUCGUGACCAUAAUAAUAAAAUAACUACUAUAGGUAUAUAUUAACUGCUCCGCUCAGCUAUAACUCGUGUCUACCGUCGUGGUCAUCGUCAACCUCCGCACUCGUCGUCUUCGUUAUAAUAUAGUUAAUAUUAUAAUUACAUAUUAUUAUCGUCAUCGUAUUCACGGCAAAUUCAAAAGUUAUUUUGUAAUAAUACCAUUACAAGUUAGUAGAAAAUGAACAAUAAAUCAUACUCAUUAUUAACCAAAGAGAUGAUCAAUAAUUCUGAGCAUGACGGAAUUGUACCAGAAAAUUGUUUUUGUCCCGUAUGCAAUGUACAUAUGAAUAGAAUUAAGAGAUCCCGACCACUUGAUACCCAUCAAGAACAUAACGCAUUUUCAUCAGAUGGGAUUAAAGAACGGUGGUGUCCUAUGGAUCGGUUACAAACUAUUCGUACCAACUCGCAUCAAAUAAUGGACCAUAGUUCAGAAAGACUGCUAAAAUUAAAUCCUUAUCCUAUUUUGGAUACUGAUCCUACAUUGGAGAAUUUAAAUUACUCAAAUGCAUUAUCUAGAUCUCCUCAUUCAUUAGGAAACAAAAAGAAAGACUAUGCAACACAAUCUAUGUAUGAAAAAGAACACAAUGAUAGACGCAAUGAUGUUUUUCAAUAUCAUAAUAAUCUAAGACAAUGGGAAGAAAAUGAGAACUGCGAGGAUCAAGAGGAGUACAAAAAUAUUGAUCCAUUUAAUUAUACACCGAUUAAAAAGUAUGAUGUGCACAUAAGACAACCCCCUGUUCAUCGCCAGCGGAAAAUAUUACCAACGGUUCCACCUAAACCUCUUAUUUCUACAAAUUGUAUGCAAAAGAUAGGAUGCUCAUCUUUAACCAUAAAUGGUCAUUUGAAUAAUACAAAUUCAAAGAAUAAAGAUCUCAUGGACAUUCCAAAUCAAAAAACAAUUGCCAACCAUGUACGAAUAGCUACAUUUAUGCCUGUAGAAUCAAAAGAAAUAUUUAAAUCAAUGAAACAUGUUAAAGAUACAUCUAAAGUAAAAGAAUCAUUGAUGAUUACUAAAGAAGAUAAACUAAUUCAUGAACAAACAAGUCCAAAACCAGAAUUAAUACUUCAUAGUGAUAUCUACGAAAAAGAAAAAUCAAUAUUUUCUGAUAAAAAUAGUAAAACAUUAGCUCUUAACACUAGAAGGCGAACUGAUACUAUAAACAACACAUCUGUGUUUCCUGUUAAUUCACAUGAUUCACACUUGGACUUAACAUCUGAAAAUAUUCAAAAAAGCUUAGAAUCUCCAAUAGUGCAAAUCCUUAAUAAGAGUAUAGAACAAGAUACUAUGACUGAUGAACCAAAUAAAUUAGCUUUUGACCAUUUGUUUUCAGGUACUCAAAUACAAAUUGAUAAUUUUGAAUAUCAUUCAGCAUUACGCCCUAGUUUAUUUUCUAAUAUGCCACCUUACAUAAGAUUUUCUUCUCAUGAUAUUAAAGGUGAAUCAUUUCCAUUAUCUUUGCAAAAGUUAUUAAAGUGGAAACUAAGUUCUAUAACUCCAAUUGUUGUACGUCGAACUAUUCAAAAUAGUGGUUUUAAACUUGUUAGAAAAUCUAAUGAUUGGGUUGGAACUUGGGGUAAACAUAUGAAAUCUCUGUGUUUCAAAACACUUCGGGAACAGCAAAAACUUAACCAUUUUCCGGGUACUUUUCAAAUUGGUCGCAAAGAUAGGCUGUGGAAGAACUUGCAUCGAUUAAUGUUAAAAUAUGGUAAAGAAAAUUUUGGCUUUAUACCCACAUCAUAUAUACUACCUCAAGAAGCUAGAAUUUUACGACAAGUUUGGGAAAAAAAUGAUGAAGAUAAAUGGAUUGUUAAACCGCCAGCAUCUGCUAGAGGAACUGGAAUUCGUGUUAUAUCUAAAUGGAGUCAAAUACCAAAGAAAGUACCUUUGGUUGUACAAAGGUACAUAGAUAAUCCAUAUCUAAUCAAUGACACCAAAUUUGACUUAAGACUGUAUAUACUCAUCACUUCAAUCAAUCCACUUCGUCUUUAUUUAUAUGAUAAUGGCCUUGUGCGAUUUGCUUCUGUUAAGUAUUCAUCUGAUCUUACUACUCUAUGUGAUCGAUAUAUGCAUUUGACCAACUACAGUAUUAACAGACUUAGUAGUCAGUAUACUCAAAAUGAAGAUGCUGAUGCAUGUCAAGGUCAUAAAUGGACAUUAAAAUCACUAUGGACAUAUAUGGAAAAAGAACGCAAUGUUGACGUUAAAAAAUUGUGGGAGAGCUUAGAAGAUCUGGUUGUAAAAACUGUUAUAAGUGGUGAAUCACCAAUGAGUCAAAUGUGUCGUUCAAAUCUGAGUAAUAGAUACAACGCAUACGAAUUAUUUGGAAUAGAUGUUUUGUUUGAUGAAUAUCUUAAACCUUGGAUAUUAGAGGUCAAUAUAUCGCCUUCAUUGCAUUCAUCUUCUCCGCUUGACUUGGCUGUCAAGGGACCAUUAGUCAAAGACCUAAUGAAUAUGGUUGGCUAUCAUAUCCCAAACAAAAUGUCUCAAAGUACACACAAUACUUUACUCAAGAUGUUAGGAGUCAAAUCACCACUAUGCUAUGAUAAGAGAUUAUAUACAUUUAAUUUAUCUGCUAAAGAAAAAGAAAAACAAGAAUAUUAUACAAAUGCUGAAUCCAGAAUAGAAUAUAUUGAUAGCAUAUUAGAUGAUCUAUUGCCAGAUGAUGUUCGGCAUCUAAUCAUUUAUGAAGAUGAACUUACACAAAUUGGCUCGUUUCAAAAAGUAUUUCCAACCACUUCAUCUUUUAAAUAUCAUCAAUACUUUGAAGGUUCUAGAUAUUAUAAUAUGCUUUUUGAUGCUUGGGAAUGUAAAUACAGCAGCAACAGAGACGAAGGUAUUGCUGUGCUUGAAAAGUUAUGUCAGCUGAAAAUUCACCUGGAAGUGCCAGACAUUGACGAAGAACAAUCAAAAACUUGCGACAUCCACCAAAAUACACAAAUGGAAGUUGAAAAAAUGUUGGAAAAAUCAGGUGGUGAUAAAUUAAGUGAUCAUCAUCAAGCGGUCAUCAGUCAUUUUUCAAUGUCUGCUGCUGAACGUCGUCAUAUGGUGUAUACAUCUAUAACAAUGUCUGACGAAGGAGAUUGGAUUAGUGAUGAUUUUCCGUUUGAUGAUGAUUCUACAUCAGCAACCAGUCAUCCAAUGGUUUCCUGAUAUAUAACCAUGUUAAUGAACACUAAGCAUGCAAUAACAUCAAACCGAUUGCGUUUGUAUGGUUUUGUUCAUGGCUUUUGGACUUGGCUAAAAACACAUAUUAAUUAAUUUUUUAGUUAAAUUAAACCAAAAAUAAUAAAUUGUGAUAAUUUAUAUAUAUUCCUUAAAAUAGGGAGCAAAAUUUUACUUACAUUUUGGACUUUAAUAUUGAAGUAUUGUAAAUAAUAUUUUUUACAUUCCUAUUAGUUGAGGGGUUGUUAAAAAUAAGCUUGUAUAUUUUAUAUUCUGUGAUAAGGCUAAACAAUUUUUAUUUUAUUUUUUGAGGACUCCAAAUUGUUUGUUAAAAGCUGUUUCAUACGGAUAAGAACUCGGGAAUUUACCACCUUAAUCUCUGUUCCAAAAGAGAAGACAUGAGGUGGCGACCAGUUAUUGUAUGGCAACGAGCAUCUCUCACUUAAUACCCGCCCGGCAUGUGUAAACAUCAGUGCCGCCAGUGACACCUGCCGAGUCACAAACCAUUGCAGGUACUAAGUUAAAGUCUUGUGGAUAGGGCUAGUAAGGGUCUGUAUCGCGUCAACUGUUAUUCGAUGUGCACAAAAUAUUGUGUCUUCUCUUUAGGAACAGAGUAUAGUUUUAUCAGAUUCUUACUAUUAUCUUUUUGUGUUGAAAAUUUGGCUUAUAUUUAUACCUGUGGCAUUAUGGGUUCUUUCCCACUUGAAACCAUUUAUCCAUAUAAUUUCGUAACCACACAACAAACAACUAAUUAUGUGGUACUAGUGUGAAACCUCUUAAAAAGCAGAUGUCUUCAAAGAUAGAUAGAAAUGUUAGUUACAUUUUAUUUGGUUAAGAAAAAGAGUUAAACUAUUGUUAAUGGAAGGUUUUUUAAAUUAUGUGAAAUGUUGGUUUUUAAUACCAAUUAUUUUGUUGUAACCAUAUUCAAUCUUAAAUCAAAGGUUAAAGCAAGAUAGGAUUAAAAUUAUGUUUAAUCCAUCAAAAUUAAUAAUUUUAAUACAAGAUUUUCAACUCAAUAUACAUGUUUUAUAAAUAAAUAUUUUUUAUUAAAAAUUAAAAUGACUACAGUAAAUUAAUACAAUAAAAAAAAAAAUACUGUCAUCAAACAUGCUUCCAUAGAAUUUGUAAAAUCUAACUCACAUAAUAUGUCAUUACUAUUAUAUUAUGUGAAUAAAUCACUGCCACAUGCCUUUAGUAUACGCAUUUCAAUUUGUAUUUUGUAUUAAACCAAUUAAAUUUUUACUAUUUUUGACUGUACUAAUUUAAUCUUAAAAUUAAAUAUUGUAUCAUAUUAUUGCUUAUUACAAAAGCAGACACAAAAUUUCAAAAUUUAAGAAUAAUUAAAUUACAAAUUACUAUGCGGAACCAUUGUUAUUUAACCACUCAACAAAGUUUUCAAAAUUAAUCAUGAACAUUGGCAGAAGUCCAUUUCAAGGAAGCCUAACAUUUUUACUAAAAAAAAAAAACAAUUAGUCCCAUUAUCCCCCUAUUAUUUGUGCCUAUUCAU